UUUUUCUCAUCGAAUUUACUAAUCAUUUUUUCUCGAUUAGUUAAUUAAUUGUUUCUUUUUUUUCUUUCGUAUUUUUUUGACUGUUCAUGACACUUAAUUACUUUCCACUCUCUUUCAUCUGGUAUCACAGAGUAUUUGAUACUUUGGGUCAACAGAAAUGUGGCCUUACAUGAUUCGAGUAAAUCCUUUUGGAUUUAUAGUAGUUCUAGUCUUGUGUAUUAGCAUUUAUCUUCUGUAUUCAUCAUCAUCAAUCACUAAUCAUGUUCUUAAUCACAUUAAAGCUCGAAAACGAGAGCCAAAUCUACCAACAUCCCUUGGAGGACAAUCUAUUGAUCUGAAGACUCUUCUGGUGACAUUAAUCAAAGCAGCGGAAAGAGGGGGCAAAGAAGUGGUCGGAGUGAUGAAGAACCGAGAAUUACAUAGUCGAUCUAAAUCAAAGGACGAGAAUGGGAAAGAUGAAUUAUUAACCGAAGGAGAUUUACGUUCCCACCAAAUGAUGGUUCUUCAAGUAUCGGCUAAAUUUCCUGGCCUACGAAUCAUUUCAGAAGAAAAAGAUAGCCCCGAGGGCGAAGGAUUUUUCUUGCCUUUCGGUGAACUUCAAGAUGUACUUUAUGCGGACGAUGUUCACAAUCUACCAAGUUCCAUGGUCUCUAUGGAAGAUCUGGUUGUUUGGAUUGAUCCAUUAGACGCAACCCAAGAAUACUCAGAGAAUCUGACCCAAUAUGUCACAACAAUGGCCUGUGUUGCGGUGAAAGGUGUUGCCACCAUAGGAAUUAUCCACGAACCUUUCAGCCAGGAAACUUAUUGGGCUUGGAAAGACACCGGACUCUCCGAAUCUAUCGAAGACUUAAUUUUAAAUGUUCCAACUCCAAUGAAGAGUGAAAGUGAAUCAAAGUUACGAUUCAUUGUAUCUCGUUCACAUACUGGAGAUAUAAAAUCAAAUUUAGCCAAAAUGUACAAAAACGAUGAUAAAAGUUACGAUGUGAAAAGUGCCGGUGGUUCGGGUUACAAGACACUCCAGUUAAUCAAGGGUUUCGCCGAUGCUUAUGUUCACAGUACAUCGAUCAAGAAGUGGGACAUUUGCGCUCCAAAUGCUUUACUCAAUUCAAUUCCAAAUGGUAUCAUGACCGAUCUGAAGGGAAAUCCAAUCGAUUACAACGAUACCGGUGAUGUUUACAAUAGAAACGGUCUUAUAGCAACUCUGAAAAUGAAUCAUGAAAAAAUACUUAAACUUUUCAGCGAUUUAAUUUCUCAUUCGAAUACAAAACACAAUCAAAUUUAGUCAAUCAGAUUAAUAGUACAUUUACUAAAUACAUUAAUCUAAAUGUAAAUUUAUUAUGACGAUAAAAUGAUUGAAAGAAUA